AUGAACGCCACGGAGUUUCACGACCAUUUUCGACUUGACCGAGACGUUUUCUUUCGCCUAGUGGCACUGGUGAAGCAUCAUUCUGCUUUUAUUGGGACAUACGGAAAUGACAACACAGCCGUCAAAUUGGGCCUCUUCCUUGGAAUCGCGAGUGGGUCUGUCCACAUCUACCUUUUCCGGGCUACGAAUGUCGUCUUAAAGCUUGAACCCGUCACUAUGGCAUGGCCAAACGAAGAGGAGCGGGUUAUGAUAUCGCUACGGAUGCAGCAGAAAUACGGUUUUGUAAACUGCGUUGGAAUAACGGAUGGGACGCUAUUCCCGCUUGCAGCAAAGCCGCAACAUCAAGGAGAAGGUUAUUCUAGCAGAAAAGCCUCGUAUUCAGUCCACGGCUUGGUGACAUGCGAUGAUGUUGGAAGCGUUCGAAGUCUCGUUGUUGGAUGGCCCGGGUCCACCCACGAUAACCGUGCUUGGAUGAACAGCCCCUUGAUCCUUAAGCGUGCGGACCACUUCAAACACAAUGAAUAUGUGCUGGGGGAUUCUGCAUUCCAAGCAUCAUCCGUAAUGAUCCCUGCAUUCAAAAAUCCACCUAAGGCACAGAUGAAUCCUCGUCAUACGUACUUCAACAAGCAGCUUGCGAAGGCCCGAAUAAAAAGCGAGCACUGCAUUCGACUGUUAAAGAUGCGAUUUCCAUACUUGCGUGAAAUUCGAGUAAAACUGGGCAAAAAGCGCAAACACAUACGACGGUUAAUUCGCCACGUGACUUGUGCAAGCAUUCUUCACAACUUACUUAUUGCUGAGCCCAUUCCACACCAGUGGCAAAAUGAAAUUGAAAGGCAGAUAACGAGUAGACUCGACGACGACGACGAGUUGAACGAGCCCAUCCCGGAAGGUGAGAAUGGUGACAAACGCAGAAACCAACUUCUAGCGUACAUGCUCGAGGUCCGAGACGAGAGGCAGCAGGAAAUCAAUUUCGUCUUUUGA